AGCCCGCCCUCCCUCCCUGCCUCCCUCGAGGCCCUCCUUCUGUGCCCAGCUUUGCGUUGAUGAGUCUCGGCAGGCAACGUUCUCUCACCGAGAAAGUGCUCUUCGCUCCCUGGAGCACGGCAGCACACCUCCCCCCCCAUCUCUGCUCUCUGCUCUCUGCUCUGCUCUGCUGUGCUCUCUUCCCUCCAUUCCAUUCCAUUCCAUUCCAUCCCAUCCCGUCCCGUCCCGUCCCCUUCCCUUCCCUUCCCUUCCCUUGGCCCUCCCGUGCGUCUGUCCACUCUUCCAUACUGUUGUGUCUCAUCUCCUCUCCCCUCCCGUUGCAGGCUAACGCACUAAGCCUCAGCCCGGGGCCUUGUCUCACAGUGCUCGCGUACUCAGGUUUCAAGGCAUCUCGUCUGUCUGGCUGUCUGUCUGUGCCCCUCUAGACUUUUCUCCUCAUCUCAUCUCAUCUCAUCUGCUGCUCUGCUCGACCCGUCUCUUCUCUUCUCUUCUCUUCUGCCCUGUCCUCUCCUCUCUUCUGCUCUGCUGUGCAGUCCCGCGGUCUCGUCUUCUGCCAUCCUUUUGCGCGGUGGCCUCCAUCUCAUCUCUCUCGCUCUCUCUCUCUCUCUCGCGCGCGCCUCCCACUUCCUUCGCUUGGAGCCCACAUCCCUCUGCCGUGCGUUGCCCCCAGUCCGUCCUACUGCCCCCAUCGCUCGCUUUUGUCUCCUCUUCUUUCUGGCACCUUUUUCCUCCGCGCUCGCUCCAUUGUUGCAUCCGGCUGAGACUGGGCCUACGAUUUGCGACGGGAAAUGGUAGAUUGUGUAGUAGGACGAUUUGUUUGUUUGGACAGGCCAGUGGCAAAUUUUUGGUUCGACAGCACCAGCCAGGAGUGCUGUCCUCCUCCCUCGCGGUGACGGGGUAUUCAUUCGGACUGCCAAGGAAGUGGCCGGAGGAGUGACAGGGUGCUGGAGCACAUCGGGGACGACUCAUAUUUUAUUUCCAUCCUCAUGAGCAUUUGCGGUGUGCACCCCAGGAAGGCGAUCCAUUUACGGUGUGACGUGUCGAGACUUCCAGAUUGGGGCGUAGGUCCUAGCUGCGCCGGCAAACAUUUGCUGCCUAUUCUUUUGUACAUCCUGGCUUGCCAUUCGUCCGUCUGCGAGCACUGCGCUUAGCAGGCUAGGGUAGAGUUGUAACCGUGUGUGCUCACCUCCGAGAAGGGAUAAGCGGUCCGCUCUUUGUCCUUUCAUCUGCCGGUUGCAUCUGCGACUUGUUCCUCUUCGUAUCACCUGUGGUCGGACGGCGAAGAUCUUUACUGUAAUCACCUUAUUAUUGGAUGGGAUAGAGGAAUGCCAGAGCAGGAGCAAGUGCCAAAGAUUCGCGAUCUGUGGAUCUGAGAAGAGUGCGUUUGUGUACUCGGGGGGAAAGGGGGUAAGUCCGAGCAGGUCCGGUGUCGUGCCUGGGGCAGAGGAAAGGACAUGAGAAAUUUAAGUCAGGGGAAGCGUUUACGAGGUUGAUGGUCAAAGAUCAAGACUGCGCUUCUUUGAGUGGAGGAAAUUUACGUAAGCCCUGACAUCUGUGGAUGUUCUGAGGUUUAGGAAGACUUUGGGCUGAGUCUUGCCGUUGGUGCUCCACUGAUAUUGGGUUUAUGUGAGAUCCCCACCUCGCAACCCUACUUUAUGAGGCGUGACGUGAGGGCUGGCAAACAGGUAUCUGCAAUCAGCCGGAAUUCGUAGGUGAAGAACUUUGGGGACCGAAGUUGGCUUGAACUGAGUUCAAAUUUUCGGAACAUAUUCAAGGAGGUGAAAGAGACGCAACAAAUUGUACAGGGUGAUGGCCGUGUAGAGAGUGAAGUUAAAGCGCAGCUACUUUGAAGCCUAGAAGGUUUUGACGAGCAUCUUACAGCCUGAGGAGGACUCACCGUAGUCACUUGAGCAAGUCCAAGGGAGGGUUGGGAUAUAAUGAGCUUUUGAUCAUAAGAAAAGGGUACACUGGAAAGAAUGAUGUUGGAAGGGCAUACUAGUGGCAAUAUUAUGGAGUCACGUGGUCUGAAGGUGAUGCAGGCCCAAGCUGCAUCUCUCCCGUUUUAUGGUUCUUCUGUUUCGUCUCCCCUGUUUUCUGACAACAUCUACUUGCCUGCGGAGAGACAAGUCGGUUUUUGGAAGAGUGACGGAAACUCCAAUGGUCAUCUGGAUGGGUAUUCGUCCUCUGUAUCUCAAGUGUUGUCUUCAUCUUUUGGAUUUGGUGUAGAGGACUCUGCAAUGGAUCCGUCCAAUCGGGGCGUGCACAUACAUUCAAAUGGCCCUUCUGAGCAAGCUAAGCAGAACGAGUGGAACCAGGAUUGGUCCAGAGGUUCUCAUCACGGGAAGGUUAAUAUUGAUCAAUGGGCUGUUGGAUCAGAAAGAAGGGCCAGCUUGUCUUCAUAUCCUUGGAAUUCUUCCGGUGAAAUUGCAGGGCUGCGGUCGAAUGCACUGUCUUCAUCCCCUCAUGUAAAUGGAACUCUCGACAAAUUGGAUGGUUAUAAUGAUGCUGACAACAGUGGUUUUUCCAGCUCAUUUCCAGCUCUCUUCCAAAAAAUGAGAAUCUCAAACGCAGAUGUGUGUAUAAGCCACUCAAUUGAUACUACCGGUUCUCACCUAAACGGAGAUCUUGAGGGUGAUGAGCCUUUUGGAUCACUGGAAGAGUUGGAGUCACAUACGAUCGGCAAUCUUCUUCCUGAUGACGAAGAAGAGUUACUCGCUGGAGUCACGGAUGACUUUGAUUGCAUUGGACCUUCAAAUGCUGAAGAUACAGAUGAUUUUGAUCUGUUUAGCAGUGGAGGUGGCAUGGAGCUGGAAGGGGAUCCCCAAGAUGCCCUGAGUGCAUAUAUGAACACUCAUCGCACUCUAGAUGUAUUGGUCGGAGGCUCUGCAACACAGCAUGGUGGAUCAAAUGCUGCAGGCUCUGUUGCUGGAGAACAUCCGUACGGGGAGCAUCCUUCACGAACAUUGUUCGUUCGCAAUAUCAAUAGCAAUGUUGAGGAUACCGAGCUACGAGCACUAUUUGAGCAAUAUGGGGCUAUACGCACACUAUAUACUGCCUGUAAACAUCGAGGCUUUGUCAUGAUUUCAUACUACGACAUUAGGUCUGCACGUAGUGCAAUGCGUGCUCUUCAAAACAAGCCUCUGCGCCGUCGGAAACUCGAUAUUCACUUCUCCAUACCGAAGGACAACCCUUCCGAUAAAGAUGUCAACCAAGGCACUUUGGUUGUGUUUAAUCUUGAUGCUUCUGUCUCAAACGAUGAUCUACGUCAAAUUUUUGGAGUUUAUGGCGAGGUCAAGGAGAUUCGGGAGACACCACACAAGCGUCAUCACAAGUUCAUAGAGUUCUAUGACGUAAGAGCAGCCGAAGCUGCCCUGAGGGCGUUGAACAGAAGUGACAUAGCCGGGAAACGCAUCAAACUUGAGCCUAGUCGUCCUGGAGGAGCUCGCCGCAGUCUAAUGCAGCAGCUUAGCCAAGAGUUAGAGCAAGAAGAAAGUCGACCACAUAGACAGCAAGCUCAUUCGCCACUUACCAACUCUCCUCCAGGACAUCCUUCUCAGUGGGGCUCUGUGAGCAGUUCUGUGGACAAUCCUCUUCGAAGUUUACAUCAUUCAUUGCCCCACGGAAACUUCUCUCCUCUUGUAGGCAAGCAAGCAAUUAGCGGGGUAGCUGCCAGCUUACCACCUCACCUAUCCUCUCCUGUUCGAGUAGGGACAAUUGGUAGCCAUGUUGGCCAGUCCAAUCAAACAGAAGCGGGCCAUUCAUUGGGACACAUGGGCAUCGGAGUGCAUCGCCUUCCGCCCCAUCACCCACACUCUCUGCCUGAGUACUCCAAUAGUAUCAUGAAUUCGGUAAACUUCAGCCCUGCCCCUGGUUCUGGGUCAGCGGCCAGCAAUGCCACUGCAUUGAGGUCACGCGAAGCGGAAGGAAGGAGGCUGCAGCGAACCAGUAGUGGGACUAUAAACGAUCCAUCGACCUUUGAUCAUGCCAAUGGAGGGCAUCAAUUUCUUUGGGGAAGUUCAGCACCUUAUCAUCAUCAUACGCAGAGUUCUCCUCCAUUGAUAUGGCCAUCAUCUUCAGUGGGAUUGUCAUUCAACCAUGGUGGGCAGUCCCAACCUCAAUCACAUGCAUUUUCUGGGACACAUGGCCAUCUGGUAAAUCAGGCCGUCCUUUCGCAUCGGGGACACCAUGUCGGCUCUGCUCCCGGAGAACCAUCAGUUAUGGAUAGACGCCAUGCUUAUCUUGGAGAAUCACCAGAUUCAUCUUCUAUCAUUCGAGGAAUGGGUAUGGGUGGCUCCAGCGGAACCCACGCGAUCAACAUCACUGGUGGUGGUCAUGGUUUAAUAAAUCUUGCGGCAGGGAUGGGAAGCAACGGGGGCCUUGAGCAUAGUGCUGCAUCUCCAAUAGGAGUUUUGUCACCGCAGCACCGGCCUCGUAUGUUCCCCAGUGGUAGUUUGCCUGGUUCAGUUUCAGCCUCUAUGGACGGAUUGAGUGAUCGAGGAAGGAGUCGCAGGGGAGAAAGUAGUGGGGCACAGGCUGACAACAAGAAGCAGUAUCUACUUGACUUAGAUCGCAUUAUGCGCGGGGAGGAUUCUCGGACCACUCUUAUGAUUAAGAACAUACCAAACAAGUACACAUCGAAGAUGCUACUUGCAGCCAUUGAUGAACAUCAUCGUGGAACUUAUGAUUUUAUAUACCUCCCUAUCGACUUCAAGAAUAAAUGUAAUGUCGGCUAUGCUUUCAUUAACAUGAUUGCACCUUCUCGAAUCGUUCCAUUCUAUCAGGCAUUCAAUGGGAAGAAGUGGGAGAAGUUUAAUAGUGAAAAAGUGGCGUCUCUUGCUUAUGCCCGUAUACAGGGCAAAGCUGCACUGGUGGCCCACUUUCAAAAUUCAAGUUUAAUGAAUGAGGAUAAGCGAUGCCGCCCCAUUCUAUUUCACUCAGAAGGGCCUCAUGUGGGGGACCAGGUAUUUACCCUCAUUGGAGAGGAACCAUUCCCAGUUGGAGUAAACGUGCGAACUCGUCCUAGCAGGGACCGUGGUAGCAAUGGAGGGAGCCAUCAAGGAAGUCCGUCCACAAGUAGCAGCAGCAGGGAUGAAUCAGUCCACGGAGGCAUUGGAUCUUUAUCGGGUGCUGUACGCAGUUCUUCACCCGAUAGAGAAAGGGAAUGAUCAAAUCUCACUUCUAUAUAACAACUCGGAUUGAGAGUGAACGCCAGCUUAUAUUUUGUGGGAAUUCUCAUGUCACUUCUUAUGCAACGCAACGCACGCGAAGGUUUUGGAAUUGGAUCGUUGAAACAUCCAGUUACGGGGGAAGAAGGAUGAGGCCUACUCAAGUUUUUGUACACGUUAAACAGCUGGCAAAGAGAGGCAGGACCAGUCCUGUGCAUUUUGAAGCUGCGACGGCAGCUGUUUUUGCGGCAGCGCAAAUAGCUUCUGCAACUUUGUUCACAGUUUUCCUCUCUAGAUUGAAUAUUAUCUAAGCACGAGUGGCGUCAUUCAGGGACGGCUGAAAGCGGGUGUAGGUUUGUAAACAAAGGGUGCUUACGAAUGUAUCGGCAUGUGUUUGAUUGAAGGCUCUAGAUUUUCAGGCUCUAGGGUGGGACAGCAGCUUGAAGAGUUGGCCUAAGGCUAUCUGUUCUGCUGACUUGAGUCUGAGACGCGCCACGAAGUGUACAGAUGACGUGAGUUGGGCAUUGGAGAGUGAAGUAAGUGUGUAAUUAGAUUAUGCCGGUACAUUGCCCUUGAUGGUUAAUUGGCAUCUUCAUAUUCAUAUAGAGCUCGAUUGGAGCGGGUGCUUGUUUUGUAGGCGGUUGAUGACUGUUUUUCCUUCUGGACCUUUGAGGGAAGGCCAAUUGUCUAGAUUUAAAUAUUGGUUCUUGGAAUUUUUCAUAAAUCACUUUAUAUUCGUGGUUAUUAUAUCAUUAAGUACAGGAGGUAGGCGGUGUGAGAGAGUCCAAUUGGGCAGAACGGUUGUGUAAAUUGUGUAUUUUGAUCUAUUGUAAAUCAUUCUCCUGUAUUCUCCGC